AUGGCGACCGAGGUAGUCAGCUCCGAGAAGCCCGGGGAGAAGCCCGCAGACCUCGGCGCUCUGGGCGACUUCAAGACGGCGCACAACCUCCACGGCCAAGAUGUCGAGCUGGAGAAUGGCCACCUCGCCGAGCUCGAGGUCGACAUGGGCCGCGUCCUGUCAAAGGCCGAGGAGGAGGGCGAUUGGGAUGCCGACACGAGCCCAUUCCCUGCCGUCAGGGCCGUGGUCCCCGAGACAGACGACACGGAGAUCCCGGUCAACACGUUUCGCGCUUGGUUCCUAGGUAUUAUCUUUGUCUUCCUCGGCGCCGGAGUAAACCAGUUCUUCUCGCUUCGCUACCCAGGCGUCCGCAUCGUGUCACUGGUGGCGGAGCUGCUGGCCUUCCCGCUUGGGGUCGCGCUCGCGAAACUGCUCCCCAUCAGCCGGUUCAACCCGGACCGCCACUUCAACAUCAAGGAGCACGCCUUGGUUACUAUCAUGGCGAAUGUGUCAUUUGGGUUCGGCUCGGCCGAUGCGACCAACAUUAUCCAGGCUGGCAAGUUCUACGGGUUCGACCUCCCCCCAGGCUUCUCAGUCUUGGUCGUCCUCUGCUGCCAGCUCAGCGGCUACGCCGUUGCCGGCCUCGCGGUCCCCUGGCUCGUGAAGCCGGCCUCCAUGAUCUGGCCUGGUGUGCUUAGCAACAUUGCGCUCCUGAGCUCCCUCCACUCUAGAGCCAAUGCUGUAGCCGACGGUUGGAGAAUUACCAGGAUCAAGUUCUUCAUGGUGGUAGGCUUGGGCGCCUUCGUCUGGUAUUGGUUUCCCGGUCUCAUUUGGACAGGCCUCAGCUACUUUACGUGGAUCUGCUGGAUUGCGCCAGACAACCUGGUUGUGAACCAAGUUUUCGGCAUGGUGACUGGCAUGGGGCUCUUCCCGCUAACCUUUGACUGGUCCAUGAUUGCUUACAACUCAAACCCGCUCCUGAGUCCUCACUGGGCCGCUGCCAACGUCUUCGCCGGCUUCGUUGUGUUUUUCUGGAUCAUGACCCCGGCGAUUUACUACGCCAACAUCUGGUUUACUUCGUACAUGCCGUACUGCACGGCAGACGUGUACGAUCGUUUUGGGCAGCUGUACGACGUAUCGCAGGUGCUCACAAAUAACGAGUUUGACCAGGAGAAGUACGCUGGAUAUUCUCCUCCGUAUCUCCCAGCCACCUUCGCUUUCGUAUAUGGGCUGUCUUUCGCUUCUAUAACAAGCGUCAUGUCUCACGUCUACUUCUUUCACUGGGAAGAGAUUAUGCAUUCCCUCCGUGGUACACUCAAACUCGACAUCCACGCGCGACUCAUGGCCUCCUACCAGCAAGUCAAGUGGUGGUGGUGGGCGAUCAUCCUUUUGGUCGUAUUUGGCAUGAGCGUCGGCACCGCCGAGGGCUUUGAUACAGGACUCCCCUGGUGGGGCAUCAUUUUGGGAUUCAUCAUUCCAGUGUUGUACAUGAUCCCCUGUGGGAUGAUCCAGGGUGUUACCAACGUCGACGCGAAUCAGCUCAACGUGCUCUCCGAAUUCAUUGGCGGAUACAUGUUCCAGGGCAAGCCGAUCGCCAACAUUCUGUUCAAGGUCCUGUCGACAGAUGUGGUAGGCCAGGGAUUAUACUUCGCAUCCGACAUGAAACUGGGACAUUACCUGAAGAUCGCGCCUCGGACCCUCUUCUUCGCCCAGGGCCUUGCCACAAUCCUGGGCGCGCUGACACAGACCGGCGUCACCCUCUGGAUGCUCGGACACGUGGACGGUAUCUGCGAUGAGGAUCAGCCGAACGGAUUCUCCUGCCCUAACGGGCGGACCGUCUUCUCGUCCUCGGUCAUCUGGGGGCUCGUCGGCCCAGCCCGCCUCUACUCCGUCGGAGCCAUCUACUCGGGCUUGCUGCACUUCUUCUGGAUCGGUCUUGUGCUGCCCCCCAUCACCUGGUACAUCUGGAAGAGGACCGGCAGCGACUUCGUGCGCAAGAUCAACUGGCCACUCAUAUUCGUCGGCACGUAUAAUGUACCGCCAGCCACCGGCAUUAACUACAGCUCGUGGUACAUUGUGAACUUAAUCUUCAACAAGAUCCUUUACCGAAAGUUCUACGCUUGGUGGACUAAGUACAAUUAUGUCCUGGCCGCGGCACUAGACACCGGAUUAGCAAUCAGCGGUAUCGUCAUCUUCUUUGCUGUAACAUACGGCCCAAAUGUGCAAUUUCCCGACUGGUGGGGCAACACGGUCUGGCAAAAUACCGCUGAUGGGCUCGGUUUGCCCUGGUUGCAGAUGCCUGAUGUUGGAUAUUUCGGGCCGGCGAACGGGACAUGGUCGUAG